AUGCGCAAAAAGGGCAGCGGCUUCAUUGGGGGGAAGCUAAAUUUAAAAAUAAAAAAAAAAAAAAAAUCCGUCAAGCGGGAAGUGCGCGAGGGAGAAGCCAACCAGGUGGAUAGCGUUGCGGGGGAUAGCAUUGCGCGGGAUGGCGAAGAAGCUGAGGAUAAGAGAAUCCCAUCGGGACAUGAUGGCAAGACAGAUGGAUCCGAAAAUGUUCUAAAAGGAACAGGACGAGUAACAACAGAGAAAAAUACAGUCCAUGGAGUGAGAACCGAUUUUAUGACUGAAAUAAAACAGGGUUAUGACAUCAUUUUGGAGAACCCAUCGACUUUUCGAAACGAACGAAGGACCGUCACUUCUGUGUUAAGCAACAAAACGUUGGUCGUCCAUGAGGCGUUUACAACGGACAUAAGUACCACGUGUACGUUUUACAUCGUCCCCCGGGGGAAGUCCAGUGGGAAAUCCCUCGACCAAUCGGGGGCACAUAUCGGCGUGGAGUACGCCAAGGUCUUUGAUCAGGCUCCCAAGCAGGAUCUGGUCGAGGUGCGGGAAAAGACGGGGCUCUGGUCAUACAAAGUUGUGAAGAAAAAGGUCGAUGGUCGGCUAACCAACGAGGAGAAGCUCGACAUGCGCGUGAAAAGCGGUCGCGAUAAGUUCUGCUGGUAG